UUCCGGGCCACUUUGUGCCUCUUGUAUGCUGUGAAGCUUAGCAUUCUUUGCAGCAGCUUUCUUUUUUGUUUUUGUUUUGCCGUGCCGUUGCUCAUCUGAUUACUCGAAUGCUGCCCGCCAGCGCCACGGCUCUUCAGGUCGCGCGCGCGCCACUGGAAUGAGAGGCCUAGCUGCUCAACUGCCAGCCCCAGCUCUGUAUGCGCGAUUGCGGCCAACGGUCUCGGUCUCGCAGUCCGGCAUCACAACCCAUGUCUCAACCAAGCGGUCAACGGCGUCAUGGCACCGCCAACAUGGUCGGCUAAAGGGCGUGUUGCCGUCGCAGAUACACCGGGUAUCUUGCGCGUCGCAGUUUUCCCAAAGCGGUCCAUCAGCGUACCCGUCUGCGAACCCAUCGCGGCCAUUGCGGGCGGCCACCUCCCCGCCCCUGGAUGAGAACGGCAAGCUGGACUCGUCGGUCUUUUCGAAAUUUCCAUUUCGCUUCGACACUGGCAUCGCGCUGUUUGCAAAGCGCACGCCGCGCCCAUUUCCACCUCCUUUCCUCUCCCCACCAUCGGGCUCCUUCAGCGACCCACUCAGCACCCACGACCGGAGUAGAGACCGCCGGAGGGCGUAUGUCGACGGUCACUUGAUACAAGGCUUUACCAACGGCGACGACGCCGUGUUUGCGAGCGACUACUUCAUCUGCGCCAACGACGGGGUCGGCGCGUGGAGUACGCGGCCGAGAGGCCACGCUGGCCUAUGGGCACGACUGAUGCUCCAUUUCUGGGCCACCGCCGUCUUCCAGGACGCAGCCGACCACGGCGACUCCUACCGCCCGGACCCGGUGGCCUACCUUCAGCGCGCGUACGAGCAGACCAUCGAAGCCACGAGCCCUCCGAAUGACUGGCAGGGCACGACCACAACAGCCGGGGCGCAACUGCACUACCGUCGUGUGACAACCCCAUCCACCAGCAACGACAGCACCCGCGGGCCCGGUCCGGACGGCGAGGAAGCCGGAGAUUUCGAGCCACUCCUCUACGUGACCAACCUGGGCGAUUCCCAAAUCAUGGUCAUUCGCCCGACCACGCGCGAGCUGAUAUACAAGUCGGCCGAGCAGUGGCACUGGUUCGACUGCCCGCGGCAACUGGGUACCAACAGCCCGGACACGCCCCGCGAGUGCGCUGUGGUCGACGAAGUGCCGCUCCGCGAGGGGGACGUUGUCCUCGCCAUGUCGGACGGGGUCAUUGAUAACCUGUGGGCACACGAGAUUGUGGAGAAGGUGAGCAGCAGCCUGGAGAGGUGGAUGGCUGGGGACUGCCCUCGCGCCCUGAGUUCGCGGGUGAAGUUCGAUCUGGGGGAGGAAGAAGAGGAAGAGGUGAAGGAUGACAGUGGAAUGGGGUUCGUGGCGGAGGAGUUGAUGGAGGCUGCGAGGACCAUCGCAGUGGAUCCGUUUGCCGAGAGCCCAUUCAUGGAACACGCGAUCGAGGAGGGCCUGGCUAGCGCCGGUGGCAAGCUGGACGAUAUCAGCGUCGUAGCAGCGAUAUGCAGGAGGAACCAUGCGCCAAAGCAAGGAUAACAGCUCUAAGCACUACAUUGGGCUUAACGGAGCCCAGGGGACGCGAGCCGGCUCGGGUAACUGCAGCUUUUCCAAGGCUGCUCUAACUCUGUAGUCUUUUCUUCUCUAGAGAGCUCUACGCGGCUGUCAAAGACCUUUGUUGGACUGGUUUUGUUGGGAAUUUACUCGGGAAUAAUUGCAGCUCAAAGGGGGCGCAGGGGCGGCGGAGCUUGGUGUUCGGUGUUGUCUGACUUGGGGCGUCGGUUUUCAGGGACUAGGUAAUUCGGGAUUCAGCAUAGAUGUUCCGUCAAUAAUACGCAUCUGGCGCCUCUGGG